GCCCUGAAAGCAGGAGACUGGGUGCUGCUAGACGAGUUGAAUCUGGCGUCUCAGUCCAUCCUAGAAGGUCUCAACAGCUGUCUGGACCACCGAGCAGACGUCUUUCUGCCCGACCUCAACCGCACCUUCCACUGCCCGCCCUCCUUCCGCAUCUUCGCCGCUCAGAACCCCCUGCAGCAGGGGGGUGGGCGGAAAGGCCUCCCUAAGUCCUUUCUCAAUCGCUUCUCCAAGGUGUACGUGCAAGCUCUGGAGUCGGACGAUUUCAUCUUCAUCGCAUCAGCGCUCUUCCCAUCAGUGCCCCGCCCUCUCCUCCACAAAAUGGUCGACUUCAACACUCAGUUGCGCACGCACGCCCUCUCCCGCACCUCCUCCUUUGGCAUGGCCGCUAGUGGCGCCGGGGGUCCCCUCUGGGAGUUCAACCUGAGGGAUCGGGAUGGCAGGCGGCAACUGGGGGAGGUGGAGAGGCGCGUGGAGGGUCUUGUGAGGGAGGUGGCUGCUGCUGUGCUUGCUAGCGGUGCUGGUAGUGGUGCUGCUGGUGAUGGUGGUGGUGGUGGUGGUGGUGGUGGUGGCGAGAUGGUGAAUGAGGUGGGGGUAUUGACCAGUGAAUGGUGGCAAUACUGGCAGCAGGCGAAGGAAAGAGAUGGGCUGAACCUGGGUAAGACAGACAAGGCCGAAGGAGGAGAGGAAGGGGGGAGUGAGGGCGGAGGAGGGAGAGGUGAGAGCAGUGCUGGUGGUGCUGCUUGUGAUGCAAGUGGUAUGGCUCUUCAGGCUAGGGAUACGCUUGCUGCACAGCUGGCGCAGUUUGAUUGGCUGCUGAGGAUAGUUGCGGACAGCCUAGCAGGGGCAGUGAGAGAGGCGCGGGGGGUGUGCGAGGAGGAGGGCAUGGCACGGGCAGCAGGGCACUUUGAGUGGGUGGAGGGGCCGCUGGUGGAGGCAGUGGUGCAGGGCGACUGGGCUGUGCUCGAUAAUGCCAACUUCUGCAACCCCUCGGUGAGUCUAUCCGUGACGUCCACACUGCACACCAUGCCCUCUCGCCUGCAUGCUGACAUCUCCCCACUCAUCGCAAUCCUAGGCCAGCUCACCUCCUCAGAGCUUCUCGGCCAAUGGGACAGAAUCCUCUCCCGGCAAGAUCUUCCAAUCGGCACGCGCCACGUGGCGGCGCGUGACUGGGCCUUGCAGCUGCCGGCACAGGUGCGACUAUGGCUGCCUGAGUCCUGUCUAGCUGUGCUAUCUCAACAGUCUCAACAGGGCAAGGACCGAGAAGAAGAAGGAGAAGAAGAAGCUAGCGCUAUGGUGACUGCAGCAGGAGUGUCAGCAGCGCGGGCACAUGCACGGGGAGCGGUGCUGCUGCGUCUGCUGCUAGAGCUGUUUCUAGACCGGAGUAUGUCACUCGAAGACCUGACUCUCCGCCUGUCUCUCGCCCGCUCACACGCCUCUGGCCCUGCUGCUGCUGCUACUGGCACCACCAACGCUGCAACAGCAGCAUGUGCAGAGCUCAACCGGUUAAUCGACUCCCUCUCUCCCUUACCACUACACCGCUGCCUUUCCGACCUCUCAUCCACACGCUCAGCGCUGCUCCAUGCUCUCUCUGUGCCUGCACCCAUCGCUGCCUCUUUCCCUCUGGAUGUAUCUGUUUCUCCUCAAGUGGCCGCUCUGGUAGCUGAUGCCUCUAGCACCGCUCUACACAGUGUGCCUGGGAGGUUUGGGAGUGGAGAGGACGAGGGUGUGCGUUCAGGAGGCGACGCUAUGCAGAUGGAUGGUGAAAUAGGAGUGUCGCCUGCAGUGCUGUGGCGCAAUGCGUCUGCAGCAGCCAAUAGAAUGAGAGCGCUCCGCCGGUGCUUGCUACAGUGGUCGCUAGAGGACGAAAUGAGCCAGAGGGCGCUGCUAGCUCAGGAAGCUUCCGCGCAGUCCACUGCGUUUGGCUGCUCCCUCCUGCACUUCUCCGGCGUGCCUGAACUGCAGCAGAGAGCCAACCAGAUUCUAGCAGCAUCAGCCACAGCGGCAACAACCAGUGCGAGCGGAGGAGGGGAUGGAAGGUCAAGGGGUCUGCUGCUAGUGGCUCCUUUCCUCUCUGCUCUCCGCCAGGUGGAAACAGCACUGCUGGAUUGCCCUCCCCCGCUCGCUCAUGCGCUGUGGGCUGCGGUGGCGGCGAACGGACAGGGACUAGAGGAAGUGGGAAAAUCAAAGGGGGUGGAGGGAGAGGAGGCGUUUGUAUCCGCGUUUGGAGUGGUGAUGGAGUGGCAUGAGUCGCUGUGGGAGUGUGUACGGGUGCUGCAGACAGCAGUUCCGUUUGACCGCUUUGUCUUUGUGUGGCACAAGCUGUGCUCCGCUGCUCUUCGCAUGGCCAAGGCUGCAGCUAGAGCAGCAGCAGCAGCAGUAUAUGGAAAGUCAGAUGAAGAGCUAGCAGCUGUGCGGGCUGUUGAAACGGCGUGGCGGCAGCUAUGCACCACCAUGGCAUCCCUCAACAAUGCCUUCUCUUCCCCCAUCGCCCCACAACAAGCAACCCUUGCCACCACAGCCACAACCACCGCUGCCACUGGUUCUCACCCUCACCCCGUUCUCCUCGCGUCCCUGCUCGCUCAACAAACCAUGUCAGCAACAGGCAGUGCAGAGCAGGACAGGGUGGGGAAGAGGUCGCUGUGGAAGGAGGCAGGGCACUCCCUGCUGCCUGCGUCAUUAGCAGUGCUGCAAAAGGAUGCGGCGCUUGCUGCUCUGGUGGAUUCGUGGGUGCUUGCUCCUGCGCCCACAGCAGGAACAGGGCACGGGGAGGCGGAGAGCUUCAAGGCCGAUGACCAAUGGGAGUCUGCCACGUGGCCCAUGGCUGUGGACCCGUCCUUGCGGCGCAGAGCGGUGGAGGCGCUAGGGCUGCUGCGACAAAUCACAAUGCGACAGCGAGGCAUGGCCACACAUGCUGGCAGAGGCACGCACAGCAGCAGUGGCAGUCCAGAUGAUGCGGAUACAACGGCGGCUGAUCUCAUGAUGGCACUGCAAGGCGAAGCACAGCAAGCCAGGGCCAUUGCCUGUCACCCCCUGGGCCCCUGUGAUCUCAUUCCCACCCUCCCUCGCACCACCACCACCACCACCACCGCCGCCGCCACAGCCACAGCCACAGCAGCUGCUGCUUCCCUUUCAGAUCUAUCAAUCGACGAGCCAGCAGCCUUCUCCCCACCUCCUCCUGCGCGUCUCUUCUCAAGCGCUCUUAUGAGAUGGCCUGGGGUGCGCCAGCUGUGGCUGGCGAUGCUGCCUCUCCUCUCCACCUCCUCCCAUCUCCUUGCUUCCUCGCUUGUGGCUCGGCUGGCGCCCCUGCUGCUUCCGGGGACAGAUGGCAAGCUGUCGCUGGUGGCCCUGAGCAAGGCGUCCUCAUCUGCAGCAAUCACCUCUCUCUUCCGAAGGCUCCUUCUCGAGUCCUCCCGCGCUCCCACCCAGCUGCUUCCAUUCCAGCAGCUGCUCUGGAUCCAAAGAGUCCCGCCCACCUCCUUCCUUCCAGACGAGCUUGCCCUCGCGCUGCGCUGCCUGCUGCACGACCUGCAACUGCGCCUGCUCGAGAGCCAAUGGGAGUCCGCCACCUGGCGCCUGCCGCUGCUGCCAUUGGGGAAGCGGUCGGGCAAGGGUGCUGACGCGGCAUCAGCUGCAGCAGAGCCCCUCGCAUGGACAGCCACAUCAGGUUCUGCUCGCUUCUUCCAGGCCUCGCUCUCCCUGCUCUCCGCCUCCCUCAUAGCGGACAUGGGGGGAGCAGCAGGGGGGCCAUGGGGGGGCGGGGGUGCGACAGUGGCGGAUUGUCAGGUGCAGCGGGGGCAGCUUCUGCUGGCGGCGGCUGGAGUGGGGGCGCUCUGCAGUGCUCCUGCCUCCCCUCGCCUAGACCAGCACGUUACCCUUGCUGUGGCGGCGCUUUCUCAGAUCAUAGCAGCCCAUACUGCCUGCUUCCCAGAGUCCCUCCGUUCAUCGCUCUCUCACCAGCUUUCCUCCGUCACAAAUAAGGGCCACAAGCUCACGGCACAAGACAUGGAGCCUCUCCAGCGUCUCCUCUCCUCCACCUGCCCGCACCCUCUCGCCCUCUUCUCCUCCCACCUGCUGCUGCCCGCGCUCUCCUCCCUCACCGAUGCUCUCCGCGCCAGGGAGAUGCCACGCACACAGGGGCUGCUUCAGCCCGAUUCCUCAGAGGCUCUAGCCCAUCUGGGCAGCGCCUGGCUGCGAGUGGGCUGUCUGCGCCUGCACCUCCUCCUUCCCCCAGGGGGAGUAGACCCCACAUCUAAGUACCGCCAUGCACUCUCGCACCUGGAGCAGCAGCACACCGACCUCACGCUUCAACUCAAGCUGCACGAGUGGCUGGCAGCAGUGGGCACGGACGGCAUCACACACCACCAGCGGGCAGCGCACGCCAUUGCCCUGCAGCUGGAGGAGGUUUCCAGGAAGCUGUGGGCUGCACGUGCCAAGUCCGUGGCUCGCCCCGAGCCCUCGCCCUACCCGGCCUUCUUCCAGGAGGUUUCGCGCUUCCUCACAUGGACGGCAGGCGUGGAGCGUGUGAGCGGCAUCGUUCGGCAGUGCAUGGCGGUGGUGGCUGCUGGUUUGGGCGUGCAAGUGAACGCACCUGUGCGAGUUUCCGACUUGGACCUGGCGAAUCUGCUGUCUCAUGUGUCUGCCUGGAAGUCGUCAGUGGCAGCGUUCGCGCAGCGCUUGCCGCGCAGCUUCCCGCUGCUGAGGGACGUGGUGCAGCCGUGUCAGCUGGCAGCAUACGAGAUGGUGCACGGCGCAUCGCUGCUGCUCUGCUCUGCUCUCGCCUCCGCCCUUCAAACAACCGAUGGCGCCCUCACGGCUGUCACCAAGUCUCUCCUCUCCUUUCCUCGAGCCGUUACCAUCCCCACUCAAACUCAACCACCCACACUGACCCCAACCACAAACGCCACCAGCAUCAUCAUCAGCAAUAAAAUAGACCAGCCAGCAGCAGCAACAGCAGCAGCAGCUGUUGUUUCCUCCUCCCGUGCGGCUCUAUUUCUGCACAAGGACGUGUUUGCAGCUCUGCAUGCCCGUGCCAGCAGGUUGAGCGGAGGCAGCAGCAACCAGGAGAAGGAGGUGACAGCAUCAGUUGCAGUGGUGUCGCUGCUGCGUGCAGCACUCUUUGCAGUAAAGGACGACGUCACUCCAGCCGCACUCUACUCUCCAACCACAGGCCCAGAGGCCCUACAAGUCCUAGAGCAAUCCUUCGCAGCAUUCGUAGACAUCUGGUCUGAAAUGCGAGACAAGGAGCGGCAGCAGCAGGCAGAGGCGGAGCAGCUGUACAAGCAGCGCAGCAGCAGCACCACGAGCACGCUGGAGCUAGAGGAGGAUGAUGCGGAGGCGGAGGAGGAGGAGUACCGGGCCAUGUUCCCCUCGCUCUCUGACCACUUCGCUGAUUUGGACGUGAAGGAGCAUGUUCAUGCUGACGAGGACGAUGCUCGGGCAGCGCAGGCCAAGAAGCAGGAGGAGCGGGAGCGGCAGGAGAAGGAAGAGGAGGAGGAGGAGAGCAGGGGCGGGAAGGGCAUAGCAAUAGUAUGGAGGGCGCUCAAGGAGGAGGGCGGGCUCACAUCAGAGCUGGUGGACCUGCACUGCCGCCUCUUCUCACCUUCAGAGGAUCUCACACCGCACACUUGUGCCACUCCUCCUGCGCUUCCCUGCGCUGGCUUCACGGCUGCGUAUGACACUGCUACUCACAUCCUCAGAGUCACGGGUGGGAUUCUCCCGUGCUCAGUGGACGAGGCAACAUCCGAGGCCCACUUCUUCCGCCUCUGCUCCGCUGCUAACGAGCUCUCCACAGCUCCCACCACCGCUACAAGCACACCUGCUUCUGUCACACCUGCACCGGGGGCAGCAGAGCAACGGGCCAUUCCAGUCGACCUCAGAAAGGUGGCAGCACCAUCAGAGCUGGCGCUCAUGCUGCCGCCGCUGCAAGCGCUCUUACAGCGCCUGCAGCAGCUGCUGGAGGAGUGGCCCGACAACCCCCUCCUCACCACCCUCGUGCAGAUCGCCGCUCGCCUGCUCGCCCUCCCCCACACCACACCUCCCCUCAAGGCAUUGGUUGGAAUGGAGCUGCUAUUAACCAAGGCACAGAUAUGGCAGGAGCAUGCAGCAGCCCGGGUCUCCAUAGCACCGGAGCUAGCAGGAGUAUCGCGAGUGGUGAAGCGGUGGCGCAUGAAGGAGCUGGCGUCCUGGCCUGCCCUGCUGGAUGCCCGCUCACGCAAGCACACCGCCGCUGCUGACAAGCUCUGGUUCGUGCUCUACGACCUCCUCAUCCAGCCCUUCUCACAACCCGAACCACAAGAAACACCCGACGAGAAAGACGCAGCUAACAAUGAAGCUGCAGCGGAGGCAAGCAUGCCAAUGGAUGGUGUGAAGAGCGAGGGCACGGGUGGUGCAGGCACGAGCAGUGGCAAGGACGGGCAGAAGAUAGACCGUAUCGCUGAGGUGGCACGAAGUCUAGAGGACUUCAUCCGCUCGUCCCCUAUUGGCGAAUUCCCCCGCCGCCUGCAGAUGCUGCGCGCCUUCCGCUCCCACCUCCUCGCCACUCUCUCCGCCUCAUCCACUACCACCUCUUCUUCCUCCUCCUCCCCUUCCCCUACUGCUGCCCCUGCCCCUGCUGCUGCUGGUGCUGAGAGUGCUGGGAAUGGUGAUGAGGGGACAGCAGUACCAGCAGCAGCACAUGCAGAAGAGGAGAGAGUGAAGGAGAAGCAGCAGCUCAUAGCUGUUCUCUACAACCUCCACAGCUACUUUGCACAGUACCUCGCACCGAUAACGUCGGCCAUGCGAGCAGCCCGCCGUCCCCUGGAGGUGGAGCUGCAGCAGCUGGUGGUGCUGACGCGGUGGGACGACCGGUCGUACCAUGCUCUCUCCAUGGCCUCCGAAAAGGCCCACCGCAAGCUCGUGAAGCUGUCCAGGAAGUGGGAUCACUUCCUCAAGCGGCCUGUGGUGCACACGCUAGCAGCAUCCUCUGCUCGCAUCGGACUGCCAGAGCUCACAGCCGUGCACACAGACCAAGGCAACGACGCAGCAGCAGCAGCUGCAGCAGCUGCAGCAGGGGGCGUGGGGGGGGCAGGCGGGGUGGGAGAGGCAACAGGGGCGGGAGUGGGAAGUGGUGCGCUGCAAGGUGCGGCUGUGAUGGCGGCAGUGGCAGCGGCGGCUAGUGCGGGGAAGAGCAAGGCGCAGCGCGUUAGGCGGAGGCGAUUCCAGAGGAAGAAGGCUGCUGCUGAGGCUACCAGGCCACCAAGCUUCGAGUCUAUCUCUUCUGAUCUGACUGGCUACGUGGCGGCUCAAGCACCUCUGCUCGCCCUGCCUCCCAUCUCUCCUCACGCCCUUUCCUCAUCUGAGCCUGCUGCACCUGUCCAACCACAGCCAGCUUCAGGAGUGCCACAGCAGCUUCCCAUAUCCGCCCUGGCCUCUCGAGCCGCCUCUCUUCUCUCCACUGCCCUCUCCUCCCCAUCCCUCCCUCAUUCCAACGAGCCUGCUGCUGGUGCUGACACUCCUGCUGCUUCUGGUGCUGCUGCCGCCGUCACCAGUGCUACCGGUGGUGAUGGUGAGAGCAGGUCUCCUCUUCCUGCCGGCACAGCAGCAGCAGACAUGGAAGCAGCAGAAACGGUAGAAGAUCUAUCUGUCACAGUCAUCUCUCGCUGCUUUGAGCUGAGAGCACUGGGGGAGAAGACACUGAAAGGCCUUGGUGUUAGCUCCAGGCGCACUGCUGUGCCUGAGCACCAACGCAAACCAGACUCGUGGUUCCGCCAGCAACCAACGGACGUGGAUCACCUUCUACAGCUCAUAGCCUCACUGCAACAACAAGACCCGCACCAGCCACAGCACCAGCAGCAGCGACAGCAACAGCUGCAGAAGAGCGAGCAGCCUGGGAAGGACAGCAAGCUUCUGGCCACGUCAGCAAACCCGCUGAGGGUGCGCCAGCUGGCGGAGGCAGGGGUGGCGACGUGGCAGCGUGCGAGUGGGUACUACUUUGGCAACAUGGCGCGGCUGCAGCGCGUGUGGCAGGCCGGCCAAUCGUUCCACAAGGACCUCACUCUCAGAGAGGUGGGUGAAUGCAUUACCGUGGUGACGAUAGCCACGCGCAUGCUGGAGCAUCUGCUCUUCCUGCAAACCUCUCAGCGGGCCACAGCGCAGGCAGCAGCCUUGAGCAUCACUCGCCUUGCUUCUGCUGCCUCCACCUUCGCUGCUCUUGAAGCGGAUGAUGGUGCUGCUGGUGCGGAUUCCCUCACGCGAUGGGUGCCUGGAUGGAGGGUUCUGCGAGAGGCCUUUAUCAAGGCAAGUGGUGUGGCACUUCAAUGCAAGCAGAUCCUGAGCCCGUUUUCCUCGACCCCAGCACGACCAGAAGAACAACCAACACCAGGAAACCACUCCACACCACCUUCCACCGAAGCAUCUCCCACUCAAACCGAGAACACCACUGCUCCUUCCCACGCUGCCGAUCUGACUCCUGAGUUUGCAGCCAGCUUGACUGCCUUCCACUCUGCAUAUGACACAGCGCUGACCCAGGUGCUACUGGGGGUGCAGUCCCUCUCUCGCUCUGCAAAGCAAAGUGCCCAGGCCCAUGCACGGACUGCUGCAGAAGGGAAAGGAGAGGAGAAAGAGGCAGGGGCAGGGGAGGAAGGGCGAGAGGGAGAGGAGGAGGUGGUGGAGGAAGGGAAGGAGGGUGAAGGUUUGGGUGAGGAUGGCGGUGGGGAGUUGGAAGGGGUGGAGGGGAGUAUUGUGGGGUGGAGCAAGGAGGCGGAGCGGCGGCUGCUGGUGGCCAAGCUGACCCACGUGCUGGCAAACCUCUUCACCGCUCUGUUUGUGGAGGGCUUCUGCACGCCUAAGGACGCGCAGGAGGAGGAGGCGGGCAAGGGCGCGGGGAAGUUUGAGGAGGAGGAGGGCACGGGCAUGGGCGAGGGGCAGGGCAAGAAGGACGUGAGCGAUGAGAUCGAGGACGAGAACCAGCUGAUGGGCACGCAGGACGAGAAGCAGGAGGAAGGGGAGAAGGGCAAGGACGACAAACUACCCAAGGGAAUAGAAAUGCAGCAAGACUUUGAUGGAGAUAUGCAUGAUAUAAGUGAGGAUGAGGAGGAGGAUCAGGAGAAGGAAGAGGAGGGAGAGGAGGAGCAGCAACUGGAUGAGGAGAUGGGAGAUGUUGGCGAUAAUGCUGAUGUGGUUGAUGAGAAGAUCUGGAAGGGGGAUGAGGAGGAGGAGAAGGAGGGGAAGAGGGAGAAGGAGAAGUUUGAGAAGGAUUCGACGAUUUCGGGGGCGCGGGAGGAGGAUUUGGAGUAUAGGGGGAAGGAUGAGGAGGAGGAUGAGGAGGGAGGGGAGGGAGGGGAGGAUGAUAAGGAGGGUGGGGAGAAGGAUGGUGCGAAGGAGGAGAAGGAGGAGAAGGGGAAGGAGGAUCAGCAGGCGAAGAAGGACGAGAAGGGGAAGAAGCAAGGGGAGGAGGAGGGAGAGGGGGCGGAGGAGGAAGGAGGAGAGGAGGAGGGUGAGGUGAAUGAAUGGCAGGGAGAAGGAGAGGAGGAAGGGGAGGAGAUGGAGGAAUCUCACGGCAUUACACCGAGAAAGGAAGAGGAAGUUCCGGAAUUAGACCUUCCGGAUGAUAUGGAGAUAGACGAAGGGGAGCAGGGUGGGAAGGAGGAGGGAGGGGAGGAGGAAGGGGAGACCGAGGUAGAAGAAGCAAAGGAGGCGAUGGGAUCGCAUGGGAGGCCUCAAGAAGAGGAGGAGGAAGAGGAGGGAGAUGUGAAGGAUGAUGAGUGGGAUGAGAUGGAUGGGGCGAAUGAUGGUGCUAGUGGCGCUGCUGCUGAUGCUGCUGGUGGUGGGGACGAGGAGGGGGCGCAGGAGGAGGGGGAGGAGAAGGGUGAGGGAGAAGGGGAGGGUGAGGAGGAGAAGGAGAGGGAUGGUGAUAUGGAGAAGGAGGAAGGGGAGGAGGGUGAAGAGGAGGGAGAAGAAGGGGAGGUGAAGGAUGAGGAUGGGGAGGAAGGUGAAGAGGAGGGAGCGGAGGAGGGGGAGGAGAAGGAACCGGAGAACAUGGGUACGGGAGCAGAGGCAGCAGUAGCAGAGGAGCAGAUGGAGGAGGAGAAAGAUAUCAAGGGGACUAAAUCAGCUAGAGAUCAGCAACAGGAUGGGAAUGAGCAAGUGGCUGGAGUGAGGGCUGCUGGAACUGCGUCUGUUGAUGUGAUGGGGAUGGAGGAGGAGGAGAAGGAGACGAAGGGGCAAGGGAAGGAGGAGGAGAAGGAGGAGGAGGAGGAGAGGAAGAAGAGUGAGAGGAGUAUGGAGGGUGGGAAGGAGAGGAGGAAGGGGGAGGAGGGAGGGAGGAAGGAGAAGAGGAAGAAGGAGAAGGAAGAGGUGAAUCCGUUGAGAAGCUUGGGGAGUGCUUUAGAGGCUUGGAAAAAGAAGGUGAGUAUUGCAGGAGAUAUGGAGGAGGAGGAAGAGGAGGAGGACGAGAAGGAGGUAGAGGGAGAGAGUGAGAAGGAUAAGGAUGCGGAGGGGGAGGAGUAUGAGUAUGUGAAGGGCGAGGAGGAGGGAACAGGGCAGGCUGCAGGAGCAGCGACGGAGGAGCAGAUGAAAGAGAUGAAAGGGAAGAUGGUGGAUGAAGAGGAGGAGGAAGGUGCAGAAGGGAAUGUGGGAGAUGAGGAGGAAGCGGAGAAGAAAGAAGAGGAGGGUGAGGAGGAAGGCAAGGAUUUGGAGACGGUUACUGCGGGUGGUCAGGGAGGGAAAAACAAGCAGAAACUAAUGAAAGAUGCAGCAGAGGAGGAUGAUGGGGAGGGAGAGGAGGCGGGAGGGGCGAAGGAAGGGGGUGAGGAGGAAGAAGAGGAGGAGGAGUUGGAGGAAGGUGAAGAGAUGGAGGUGGAUGGGGACGCAUCAGGAGCCGUGGAUUCUAGCUUCGUAUCCAUGAGAUGGAAAGAGGAGGCCAAGGAAACGGCCCGCUUGAAAGAGGCUGCCGGGGAGAAGGAAGAGGGAGAAGCGGAAGAGGAAGGAGCAGGAGAGGAGGCGAACGCUGCUGGCGGAGCGAGGGAAAAGGUGUGGACAGAGAUCGAAUUGGAGCGCAUGCGAGCCGAGGUAGAGGCGCAGAUGCAGCGGAUGCGGGAGAGCGAGGAGGGCCGGCAGAAGCUCGAAGCGGCGCGGGACGCGUGGCGGAAAUACGAGCUACUGUGCAGUGGAGCGGCGCAGGAGCUAGCAGAGCAGCUUCGGCUUAUUUUAGAGCCAUCCAUGGCUACGAAACUGCAAGGAGACUACCGCUCGGGGAAGAGAAUCAACAUGAAGAAGGUGAUUCCGUAUAUUGCGAGCGGGUUCAAGCGGGAUAAGAUCUGGCUGAGAAGAACCCGCCCUGAUAAACGCAAAUACCAAGUGGUUCUAGCGAUAGAUGACUCGAGAAGCAUGUCUGAGGCGCGGUGCGGGCAUCUGGCUCUCGAAGCAAUGGCCACGAUUUGCCGAGCGAUGUCGACGAUCGAGGUUGGGGAGAUCGGGGUCGUUGCUUUCGGCGAGCCGGGUAACGUGCGCAUGCUGCACGAACUAGACCGGCCGUUCUCCCCCGAAGCAGCUGUGCAGGUCAUCUCGCAGUUUUCCUUCAAGCAGGACAACACGAUUGCGGAUGAGCCGAUGGUUGAGCUGUUGAGGUUCCUGUCCGGGGCGCUGGAUUCAGCUGCGAUGAGGUAUUCUGCGAGUGCUGGCAUGGGAGGAGGCGGGCAUCUGGAGCAGCUGGUGCUGAUCGUGGCGGACGGAAGGUUCCAUGAGAAGGAAACGCUAAGGCGCACAGUGCGGCAUGCCAUGGGCAAGGGGCAGCUGCUGGCAUUCAUUCUGCUCGACAGCCCUUCUGAGUCCAUCCUUGACAUGCAGUCCGUGUCCUUCUCAGACGGGGUCCCAGCCUUCUCAAGCUACCUGGACUCCUUCCCCUUCCCCUACUACAUCCUCCUGAGGGACAUCCACGCACUCCCUCGGACACUCGCAGGCCUGCUCAGACAGUGGCUUGAGUUCGCUAGAAGCAGAGGGCACUCAUCACCUUCACAUUCGCCUAGGAUUGCCCUCGCGGCGGCCUUAUUCCGUUUUCCCGUCGCGCUCUCUCUAUCCGCUCCCUUCCCGUCGCCCUCUCUCUCCCCCCUCCCUUCCCGUCGCGCUCUAACUCUCCGCUCCCUUCCCGUCGCCCUCUCUCUCCCCCCUCCCUUCCCGUCGCGCUCUCACUCUCUCCUCCCUUCCCGUCGCCCUCUCUCUCGCCCCUCCCUUCCAGUCGCGCUCUCUCUCUCCGCGCCCUUCCCGUCGCCCUCUCUCUCGCCCCUCCCUCCCCGUCGCGCUCUCUCUAUCCGUGCCCUUCCCGUCGCCUCCCUUCCUGUCGCGCUCUCUCUCUCCGCUCCCCGUCGCCCUCUCUCUCGCCCCUCCCUUCCAGUCUCGCUCUCUCUCUCCGCGCCCUUCCCAUCGCCCUCUCUCUCGCCCCUCCCUUCCCGUCGCGCUCUCUCGAUCCGCGCCCUUCCCGUCGCCUCCCUUCCCAUCGCGCUCUCUCUCUCUCCGCUCCCUUCCCGUCGCCUUCUCUCUCUCCCUUCCCACUGUCAGAGGUCCACUGGAGAUCCCCGAUGA